AUUCGCGAGGGGAUGAGCAAGCACAGGGAGGACGUCAAGGAGAAGAUAAUCGUGGAUCUGAGCGCGUCUAACGAGCGGCUGGAGACGGAAAACCGCAAGCUGAAGGUGGCGGCGAUAGGCAUGAUGGCGCAGCUGAGGGAGCUGGGGCACCCGGCGGAUGCGUCCGAGCUCAACAUCAGCGGGAUGGGAUUGUGGACGGGUGGCGACGACGCGGGGACGGAGACAGACAAAGGAGGGGGAAGCCAGCCGCGCAAGGCUGGACCCAAGGCGAAAAAACCGGCGAGCGACGGCGGCGGGACGGAGACGGAACGGCGCCUGAGUUAGUCAGCGCGCGCCUCGACGACUGAGAGUUACCCGUAAUCUAACCUCCUAACCUCGUG